AUGGACGAACAGCGUGCAACAUCCUCGACUCCUUCAAACGGUGAAUUCAGCGGAUUCCCGUUCAAGUAUCGUGAUCUCGAUCUUGAGAGGCCUACUUUUCGGCUUGUGCGACUUUUCAAAGGCGAAAGUACAGACUGCCUUGGCUGCGAGAUAUUCCACGCCUCAUUCUGCAACCGGGAGACCUCUAUUUCCUAUGACGCGUUAUCCUAUACAUGGGGCAAUGAUGAAGAUCGCCGCAUCCUAUAUGUCAGGGGAGGGCAACUGGAAGUCACUCCGAACCUAUACGCGGUGCUGGAAGCUCUGCGCUCCUCGACGCAGGAUCGGAUCCUAUGGAUUGACGCUCUUUGCAUCAACCAAAAGAGUCUUGGGGAGCGGCAACACCAAGUUGGGCAAAUGGGACGCAUCUAUGGAAGUGCGGACACGGUUCUUUUCUGGCUCGGGCCCUCAACGUCUGCAACGAACAUCGCACUAGAGUCCUUAAAAAAACUUCAAGAGCAGAGCGCAAUGUAUAACUACAAGACCUGGAAUCGAAUGGAUCAGCGUUGGGACAAGUUAUGGUCCGACUUACUGCCCGAGCUGGAAAACACCUACCCAAAUUUGUCAUCCCGCCUACGAGAAGGCUUACAAGAUCUUUUGAGUCGAUCAUGGUUUGAGAGAGUGUGGAUUCUACAAGAAGUCGCCAAUUCGAAGAAGGCCUACGUGUGCUGUGGCAAAAUGGACCCGGAAAAUCUGCCUAAUCCGCUCGGUAAUACCACUAUCCUCCCUAGAAAAGCGCCUAUCGUUCCAGCCCAGUAUUUGCGUGGACGAGAAAUAUGGGAUGUUCUGUUGCAGCAAUGGAGCAGUAUCGAGAUUCCCAACGAAGUUGUUAGGGAAGCAGCAAGGAAUGGAGGAAAGGAGGACAUGGAGCUUCUACUCCAACGACGGCCGCACGACAUUGACAUCACUCGAGAGGUCAUUGAGGCUGUAGUGGAGAAUACUACAGGAGGAAACGAGAUCGUAGCAUUUCUUCUCCACCAACGAGGAUAUGAGACUACAAUAGUUGCGGGAUGGACCUCGCAAGGGGAGGACAUGAUAAUUCGGCUCCUUCUCAACGAAAUGGCAUGCUUAACGGAGAAUAUUAUUCACGCCGCGGUAAUUACCUGGAGCCCAGCCGGACUACGGCAGCUUUUCAAGAAAAUGCCGCUUCGGACUACUAUGACUUCCCAAGAUAUUAUGAAGGCGGUAGUCGGGUAUUCAGAGCCAUUGCAAUCGGGGCUUCACGAAGAAAAAUGGUAUAAGAUUCCGGUUAGGAGGGAGGCGCGGGACUCCAAGGAGUGGAUAUUAGAUCUUGUUCUCCAAGAAAGGGGGGAUGAGAUUACGAUUACGGAAGAGAUUAUGAAGGUGGCAGCACGGAACCCAAACCCGGGGGUAUUAGAAUUUCUUAUCCGAGAAAGAGGGUAUGAGAUUACAAUUACUGAGGAGGUUAUGAAGGCAGCAGCACAGAACGCCAGCCCGCUGGUAUUAGAGCUUCUUCUCGAUAAAAGAGGGCAUGAGAUUACAAUUACAGAGGAGGUUAUGAAGGCAGCAGCACAGAACGCCAACCCGCUAGUAUUAGACCUUCUCUGGAGAAAACGGACUGGGAUUGCCGAGUACGUCGCCGACCUGAGACAGUCGAUCAUCCGGUCGGACAUAAUGUCAGGGCCGGAGUAA